AUGGCCAACUACAGCUACUGCACCAUCAUCGACAAUCCGGAGUUCAAGGCUGACGUCUUUGCCGAGAAAAUCGAUCGAGCUCUGCGCGCCGGCGAGAAAGAGGGCAUUGUCAACACGUUGACCUCGAUCUCGAACUCGCAACGACAACAACUUCGCGCUCCCUACAAACUCAAAUACGGAAAGGAAAUCGAUGAAGCGCUUGACAAGAAAUUCUCUGGAGAUAUCGAGACGGCGGUGCUCGCCCUCAUGGAAACUCCAUUGGAGUACGAUGUGAAACAGUUGAAGAAAUCGAUGAAGGGUGCCGUAGCGGGUCUUGGCACUGAUGAAACGGUUUUGAUUGAGAUCCUUUGCUCGCGUACUGCCGAUCAAUUGAGAGCCAUUCGAGCCGCCUAUGAGAAAAACUACAACAAGCAAUUGGAGAAAGAUGUCGCUGGUGACACGUCGGGAGAGUUUCGCGAUUUGUUGGUUGCUUUAGUCACCGGUGCCAAGGAUCCAUCACAUGAAACGAAUGAUGCACAGGCUAAAGAUGACGCUGUGCGCCUCUUCGCUGACGGAAAGGGAAAGCUGGCCGGUGACAAAAAUGCUCCAUCGCACUUCUUGAAAAUCUUAGCCACCCAGAAUCAGUACCAGCUUCGCAAGGUGUUCGCCGAGUUCGAAAAACUCUCUGGUGUCUCUAUUGAGAAGGCUAUUGAGAAAGAGUUUAGUGGCGAUCUCCGCAACUCGUAUCUCACUAUUGCAAGAGCCUCCACAAACAAGCAGAAAUUCUUCGCCGUUCAACUUUACAACGCCAUGAAGGGACUCGGAACUCGUGACAACGACUUAAUCCGUGUCUUGGUCACUCGUUCCGAAGUGGAUUUGCGAGUGAUCAAAGACGAGUACAAAGAGCUGUACGGAAAGACUUUAGAAGACCAUAUUAAGGGUGACACCUCAGGCCUUUACAAGGAUUGUCUUCUCAAGAUUGUCGCUGGGAAUUAC